CUCAACUUGUUCCAAAUGAUAAAUCAAAUCAAGAUUAAAUCCCUUUUCUUCUCCAACCAAUAGCUUUUCCCCGGGACUUUGUGCUGUCACCCAGCGAACCAUUGUCAUUCCUCCAAACGGUGUUCCAUUCCUGAACCUGGCCCGUCUCCCUCUAUUCCCCCUCCACUGUUCAGCCGCCCUUGCUUCUUCCUCAACUCGGCCUGAGCCAGAACCCUUUUUGUCACUGCAACUCUCUAGCAUCAUAACCAUUCGCCCUGGCUCAUGAUCAAGGAAGGGCAAAGAAAAGGAAAAUACAAUCUCUGUUCUUUCUAAUAUAGCUUUCUUUCCUAUGCAUCAGCGUCAGCAAUGGCUCGAUUGCAAGCGAUAAACUCCGAGAAGACCAUCCGCAAAAUUGACAUAGCCCAGGUGUCUCUCAGCCUACAAGAUCGUUUAGGCCUUGCCAAAGUCAAAUAUCAAAAUGGUCGUAUACCUGCCCUCGAGUCAAACCAGAGCGGUGGUCGACAAUUUUCCCUUGCCAAUGACAAGCCCUCCGAUUCCUCAUCCGAGAUAUCACAUAGCCGUUGCGAGACCCCUAUGACUUCUCCUCCUUUACGCACUGCGACCUAUUCGAAGGAACUUCCUCGUUCGUCACGGAACAGACAUGCGGCGACCUUCAAUUCUCGGGUGAUGCAGCCUAUGUUGUCUGCUAGUCGAAAGCGAGUAAGGUCCGAUUCAAUACCGGAUCGUCCCUCUAAGGCUCCACGGGUCUCGUGGAAAAGUUCAUACCACUUGCCUGCGUCGUCACCUGGGUUUCACCACCAUGCUGCGCAUCGGCACCAACCUCUGCCAUUCGUGGCUGAGACAAUCCCGGAAUUUUCGUCUCCGGCCUAUCAUCCUCACUCAGACGAGGAGAACGAUCCAGAUUUACCUGUGCAUAGUUUCCAGCAUGUUAGCUCGAUGGUUGGCUCUUCCCCUCCUAGGACGCCACCUCCGAAGCACGCUCGCCUGGCACGCAAGAACCCAAAUCUGCUUCACGAGGAUGGCGCAGAUCUGCUUUUGUAUCUUGCAAAUUCCCCAACACCAGCUAGUAUUGCUGGCAAAGCCCAGGCCCGCGAUUUUCCACCCUCCACUCCGCCAAGUCAACAUGCCCUUUUGCCCACAUUGACCCCUACACCUGGGGGCGGAGGUGUCUUUCCCAAUUUCGGCACUCCAAGUCAACAGUUUAAUUUUGCGGACUUUGUGAAUGUCACUCCCAGUCCUGCGCAACCAGCUCGAGGCGGACGGACCCCUGGAGGACCCGUGAAGACUCCUCUGGCAAACAGAGACACCAGAAAACGACCGAACUUUGACAAUCUACUUCCACCGAGCGCGGAAAGCCCGAAAAAUCGACCAAAAGAGUCGGGCCUUGCUCUUCAACUUGGCGGAGAGUUGCGACCGUAGACUUCUAUCGCAAUGCUCUAACUGGCCGACAAGUCUUUUUUCGCUUUCUCUGUUCACAGAUUCUUGUAACGACUAUUAACGACCAUACUAUUAUGUACAUGACACGCCAUAUUCUGUCCUCGUUGUGAUGCCCCAGUUCGUCUUUUGAUUCAUUCCCUUCUAGACAUUUAUGUUUGACUUGGUCUAUCGUGACAGGCUGUGACCGAACGAUGACCACGACACUAAACUGUCCAUACAUGCCAUUUUUCCUAUGUCAGAUUAUCUUGAAUAGUCCUGUUUUCAAUCUCAUUUGUGAAUACAUCGCGAGCAUGCUUAUCCAAAACUCUCACACUGCUCUGUCUGAUCUUCUAGUUAUGCUAGUUGUUACCUUGUCCGAUCGGUGUCCGCAAGGUAGAAAAGUACGCGGAGACUCAGUGGCUCGAUUUUUAAAAGUGUCACCCCAUUUAGUGCUGUGAUUAGAUAAGGCAGGAAUAGGCAUUAUAGGCAUU